UUGGCCCAGAUCGAGGGCGGAGGGCACUUCCGAGGGAGGGAGCCAGGGACGGAACCGAGCAGCCGGCCUGGCCUGGCCCCUGCUCACCAGCAGCUCAGCAGUCUCUCCCAUCAUGCUUGGGGAUCACUGUGGUCUCCCCACAGACAGAGCUCUGCUGGGCCAGCCCCCCAAAACUGGAUUCUGCUGCAAAAUGGUGCUUCAGGCAGUCAGCAAAGUACUCAGGAAGUCUAAAGCAAAGCCCAAUGGCAAGAAGCCUGCUGGGGAGGAGAAGAAGAUGUACCUGGAGCCAGAGCACACUAAAUCCAGGAUCACUGACUUUGAGUUCAAGGAGCUGGUGGUGCUGCCCCGGGAGAUCGACCUCAAUGAAUGGCUGGCCAGUAACACAACAACAUUUUUCCACCACAUCAACCUGCAAUAUAGCACAAUCUCAGAAUUUUGCACAGGAGAGACGUGUCAGACGAUGGCCGUGUGCAACACACAGUACUACUGGUACGACGAGCGGGGAAAGAAGGUCAAGUGCACAGCCCCGCAGUACGUCGACUUCGUCAUGAGCUCUGUGCAGAAACUGGUGACCGAUGAAGAUGUGUUCCCCACAAAAUAUGGCCGAGAAUUCCCCAGCUCCUUCGAGGCCCUGGUGAAGAAGAUCUGCAGGCACCUGUUCCAUGUGCUGGGCCACAUCUACUGGGCCCACUUCAAGGAGACGCUGGCCCUGGAGCUGCAUGGACACUUGAACACACUGUAUGCCCACUUCAUCCUCUUCACAAGGGAGUUCAGCCUGCUCGACCCCAAAGAGACCGCCGUCAUGGACGACCUCACCGAGGUGCUAUGCAGCAGCCCCGGUGGGGGUGGCAGUGGGGAUGGGGCCAGUGGCGGGGCCUCUGGGGCACAGAACCACGUGAAAGAGAGAUGAGCCCUGGGCUGGACGGGUGCCCAUGUGCAGAGAGACGACCGUGUGUGUGCGUGUGCACACACGUGCCCGGGCACGCUGGCGGUGAGGUCCAAGGGCCUUGGGCCGCCCCAAGCGAGGGCUCCACAGCACACCGAAGCUGCGGUGUGCUUCCUGGCUUCCCUGUUGGGUGGAUGAGUGCUGUUUGUAGCAGCGAGUCUGGAUUCAUUCAUUCAUUCAACAUUUAUUGGACUGACGUUUGCAUUUUCCUAUGUGGGGUUUUCCUUUCUUGGGUCUGCUGUGUGGCCCCUGCCCUCCGUGGUGCCCUCCCUGGGCUCUGCCACUUUGGAAGACACACUUCGUAGGAGGCGGGCCUCUCUGAGGGCCUUGACCUGCAGACUGGGUUCCUGCUCUGUUUCGGGUGGGGCUUUUUUCAGAGACCCUCCCCUGGCUGUGCCUGGAUCCUGGCUCUUCAUGGUUCUGAGUGGGGGCUAAGGUGACCCACCAGGGCCCACACCUGCUGCUUGCUCCUGUCACCCCUUCCUGCUGCCUCCCACAGCUCGGCGAGGGCCUGUGGUGCACAGAUGCCGGCUGAGGCCGGGCUGGGCCGAGGCUCUGCGUGGAGACGCAGCAGGCGGCAGAGGCAGAGAUCGCUUUAGUUCAUCUGUUCAGUCGUAAUAAACAGAAUUCUCUCAGGUCA